AUGGCUAUUGAGGAUGCACCAUUUCCGGCUUUCGGGCCCCGGCAACUCCCGGUGGGCGGCGAGCUGGCUGGUCUCUUGGGGCCGUCAUUACAGGCGCGUGACGGCCGGCGCGUCCUCCUUCAGGACGUGGACGCAGAAGUCAUCGGUAUUUAUUUCAGCGGAGCGUACUGUCCUCCCUGCCGAAUGUUCACUCCCAUCCUGCGCACCCUCUACCUUACUGCCCAAGCCCGCAAGAAGUCCUUUGAAGUGGUUUUCUGCUCCGCUGACCGUUCCAGCAGCCAGUACCAGACGUAUCGAGCAGAAAUGCCCUGGCUGGCAAUUCCCUUCGAAAAUCGUGUUAAUAUUGACAAAACGUGUCGACAUUUCGGUGUGACCGGUAUCCCGUGCUUGAAGCUGGUCAACCGCCAAGGUCAGGAAUGCAAACAGUUUCUCGGAAACCCCACCGCAUUAGUCCGACAGAGAGGUGAACAGUUCCUCCAGGCGCUGCCAGAUCGACCGCCUGUUCGACCUGGUGCUUUAGACUCUCGAACUGUCUUGAACGGCAACGAAUGUGACAACUUAACCUACGACACGAUCUUGGCCGAGCUGGAUUCGGCCCCACUCGACCGGAAGCAAGAGGCGUUCAAGACUCUGAAGACAAUCACAGGUAACUUGAUAGAACACCCGGAAAACGCAAAGUACCGCGCCCUAAAAAAGACCAACAAGCAAAUCCAGAAGAAGGUUCGAUCACCACACUUCCCCUUCUACUUAAAAACCUGGGUGUAG